AAGGUGGUUUACUUCCAAAUGACUUUUAAGAUAGCCAAUCCAAGUCGUUGUGUGGAGCAUACGUACUGCGCAUGAUCGUCACAAAUUUGCUGAAGAUAAAAUUUGUUUGUCGGUGUAGUAAUCACAACGUUGUGUUGAUUUUAAGGCUUCAACAUGUUUACUUGCAACAUUUGUGAGAAGUGUUUUAAUACGAACUACAAUUUAAAACGGCACACCUUACAAGUACAUGAGAAAAAAAAUGCGCAUUCAUGUACUGACUGCUCUAAAAAGUUUGCUCGUAAAAGUGAUCUACUAAGACACAGAGACUCUGUGCAUUCUACUGAGAAAAUUUCAUGUAAAAUGUGUGCUACAGAAUUCAGCAGAAAAGACAAUUUAGAUCAUCACUUAAAAAAUGGAAAUUGUCGAAGAAAAUUGGAAAAGCAGAAUAAGAAAAGAAAGCGAGAUGAUGAUAAUGAACCCAACAAAAAGAUGGUGAUUCUAAACAAUCAACAAGGUGGUGCAGUGCCUUCAUUCACCGAGCCCUCAACAUCUGGAUUUCCAAUAUUAGCCGAACCUUCAACAUCUGCAGGACUCCCAACCUUUGCUGGACCUUCAACAUCUACCAUUGCUCCUACAUCUGCAGAAAACUUGGAUAGAACCAAAUUGUCACGAACAAAAGAAACAAAAAGUGCUUUCAAAAAGGCCUAUAGAGAAUUCACUCUAAAAAAUUAUGAUAGAGAGAUCGGUAUUCCAGAGUUUUUAAGAAGUAAAAAGGAUGAAACUACUGAAAUAUUUCUAUCUGAACUUCAAAAACAUGAAUCACUGAAAGUGAGAUUGUUAAUAUUUUGUAUCUAUCAAAAAGUAAGUGAUGACUUCGUCAAGCAAAUAAAAAAUGUCGAGUUCAAGACAGCAAACAAACCUGUUUUCGCCUCUACAAAUAAAAGUGAAUUAUAUGAAGAAUUAACAAAUAAACUUAUUCUAGAAAGUGAGGAUUUCCAGGAAAAAGACUCAGGCUGGACGCUGGGAGAAAUUAUUGAACUCGAAAUCCACACUAAUAAAUUUACUCCUCUAAGAGGUUCAACUUUUGUGGAAUUACCUGAAAAAAUUCGUAUGACAAAUGCUGUAAUUAAUGUUAAAAAUAGCGACACUUGUUGCUUCAAAUGGUCCAUUUUAGCAGCUGUAUUUCCUGCAGAUCGCAACCCAAAUCGUGUAUCAAAUUACGAAGAUCUUGAAAAAAAUUUGAACUUUGAAGGAAUAAAUUUUCCUACCCCUCUAAGUGAUGUUAAAAAAUUUUCAAAAAAUAAUAACAUCUCUAUUAAUGUCUAUUCCUUUGACAAAGAACUGAACAUUUUUCCCUUACUCGUCAGUGAAGUUAGUGAAACUGUACACAUUGACUUAUUACUUGUGCCAACUAAACAUGAAUUUGGACAUUAUUGCCUCAUCAAAAAUCUUUCCAGGCUUGUGUCAAAACAAUAUUCAAAUCACGGACAUAAAGUUUUCAUAUGUAAAAGGUGCUUAGUGUUUUUCAACUCAGAGGAUUCUCUUAUAAAACACAAAGAACUGUGUGACAAAAAUUGUCCAGCAAGAGUCGUAAUGCCAUCUGAAGAAAGUAAGUACAUUAAAUUUAAAAAUUUUCAGCAUGUUUUAAAAGUUCCUUUCACUGUUUAUGCAGAUUUUGAAUGCUUAACUUUGAAAACCGACUCUUGUUCUCGAAAUCCGAAUCUUUCUUCAUCAACUAUCUAUCAGAAACACGCACCUUUUAGCUUUUGCUAUUAUAUAUGCUAUGAUGGUGGCUUUUAUAAACCUCCUGUUAUAUACAGAGGGGAAGAUGCCUCUAAAGUAUUUGUAGAAAGUAUAAAAAAUGAAGCUCUCGAAAUCGAAAAAAUCUACAGAAAUCCUAAACCUUUAAAACCUUUGAAUGAAAUUGAACAAAAACUUUUUGAUGAUGCUAAGAACUGUUACGCAUGUUCUGAACCUUUUUCUUUCGAAAAUAAAAAAGUUCGUGAUCAUAAUCACGUUACUCAAAAUUUUAACGGUGCGUGUUGCAAUAGAUGUAACCUUCUAAUGAGAGUACCAAAUUUUUUACCAGUUUUCUUUCAUAAUUUGGCAGGUUACGACGCUCAUAUAUUUGUAAAGGAGUUAGGAUAUGAUAAUUUCCCCAUUUUUUUAAUACCUAAUAACGAAGAGAGAUACAUUUCCUUUUCAAAAACAAUUUCUAAAAAUUUUCACAUUCGCUUUAUUGAUACAUUAAAGUUCAUGCCGGCAAGUCUCGAUAGUUUAAUAUCUACUUUAAGUAAAAAUGAAUUUAAACAUAUGAACAUUAAUUUUCCAUCUAAUAAAAUUGAUUUACUUCUUAGAAAAGGAAUUUUUCCAUAUGAUUAUUUUGAUGAUUUUAAAAAAUGCAAUGAAACUAGUUUACCAUCACGCGAUAACUUUUACAAUAAACUUAAUGAGGAAGAAAUAAAUGAGGAUGAUUAUAGACAUGCCUUAAAUGUUUUCCAAACAUUUAAUUUAAUAACACUAGGUGACUAUUGUGAUUUAUAUGUUAAAACAGAUGUACUUUUAUUAGCAGAUUUAUUUGAAAAUUUUCGAAACAUUUGCUUAAAAACUUAUAAUUUGGAUCCGUGUUGGUAUUACACAGCUCCCGCUCUUUCCUGGGAUGCAAUGUUAUUUCAUUCAAAAAUAACUUUAGAAUUAAUAACGGAUUAUGAUAUGAUUUUAUUCAUUGAAAAGGGUAUUAGGGGAGGAAUAAGCCAAUGUUGUAACCGAUAUUCAAAAGCUAAUAAUAAGUACAUGGAUACUUUUAAUCCUAAUGAACAAUCUAAAUUUUUAAUAUAUCUAGAUGCAAAUAACCUCUAUGGUUUUGCGAUGAGCCAGAGCUUGCCUUUGAAUAAAUUUUCAUGGUGCAGCACAGAUAUAGAUGUAGAAAAAAUUCCGGAUGAUUCAAAAAUCGGUUAUAUAUUAGAGGUUGACCUGAAUUAUCCCGAUGAGCUACAUGAUCAUCAUUCUGAUUUCCCAGUCGCACCUGAAAACAAACCACCACCUAACUGUAGAUUACCACGCCUCUUAACCACUCUAGAGCCAAAACUUAAAUAUGUUAUAUAUUAUAAGAAUUUGAAACUGUACUUGAAAUUAGGGCUGAAAUUAACUAAAAUACAUAGAGUUUUACAAUUUAAUCAAUCACCAUGGCUCCAGAGUUAUAUAGAUUUUAACACUAAAUUAAGAACCAAUUCUAAAACAGAUUUCCAUAAAGACUUUUAUAAACUGAUGAACAACAGCAUUUUUGGAAAAACAAUGGAAAAUAUAAGGCGUCGAGUAAAUAUUAGAUUGUGCACAUCCAGCAAACAAGUAAGCAAACUCAUUGCAAAACCAAAUUUUGAGCACAGAACAAUUUUUUCUGAAAAUUUAAUGGCUGUGCAUAUGAAAAAAACAAAAAUUCAUUUUUCUAAACCUAUUCAAAUAGGCAUGGUUAUUCUAGAAGCAUCCAAAAUUCUUAUGUAUUCUUUCCAUUACGAAACGAUGAAAGAAACGUACGGAUCAAACAUUCGACUGAUGUACACGGAUACAGAUUCCUUUAUUUAUGAGGUACAAACUUCGGAUAUGUAUGCAGACAUAAAAAAUAACAUUAACUUAUAUGAUACAUCCGACUAUGACAUAAAUAACAUUUACAACAUACCACUAAUAAAUAAAAAAGUCCUCGGAAAGAUGAAAGAUGAGAACAAGGGUCGGAUAAUGUCCGAAUUCAUUGGAUUAAAAUCAAAAAUGUAUGCCUACAAAACUGAAGAAAAAACAGAAAAGCGAUUGAAAGGAAUUAAAAAACAAACCCUCAAAAAUAAAAUAACAUUUCACGAUUAUUUUGAUUGCUUAUUUAGCAAAAAAAAUCUUUAUGCAGAAAUGAAUUUUAUUCGUUCUAAACACCAUAACAUUCAUUCUGUGCAUCAAAAUAAACUUGCUUUAUCUUUUAACGACGAAAAGAGGCAUAUUUUGGAAGAUGGCAUUACGACUCUUGCUCAUGGACACUACAAAUUAAGAAAUGAAGAAAUAACUGAUGAGUAAUUUUGCCUUGAAUUCAUGAAGAAGAAAAACCUAUGAAUGUUUCUAUAUCUAUACAUA